AGCGAAACCACGCAAGCAGUGUAAUCACAAACCACAGCGCCCUUCGUAACAAAGAUGAGGAAAGCCCCGUGAAUCCCGUAAUCCUUGGGGCAUUCAGAUCCUUGACUAGGCGUCGGACUACUUUGGCUCAAACGCACACAAUGACUUCUUUGCAACCCCCAACUAUCGCUUGGCGGCACAUCCGCACAAGAGCUGCUACACGGAGUUUUUGUCAUUCGGCUCCCCGGCGGAGCUCGUAUGAAAGUUCGACCAUAGUCAAUCUAAGGAUAGACAAGAACACCAGGGUGAUCUACCAAGGGUUCACUGGAAAAGCUGCAACGAUUAAUGCUAGGGAUACGAUAGAGUAUGGGACGAAUAUUGUCGGGGGCGUAUCACCGGGUAAAGGGGGUCAGGAGCAUCUCGGCUUGCCAGUCUUUGACACGGUGAAGGAGGCAAUGGAAAAGGUGAAACCACAUGCAACUUCAGUAUUUGUUCCCGCCCAAUUCGCCGCAGCUGCAAUCAUCGAAGCUAUCGAGGCCGAGGUACCUCUCAUUGUGUCAAUUUCAGAGCACAUCCCAAUUCAUGACAUGGUUCGAGUUCAGGAGGUGUUGAGAACACAGAUCAAGUCUCGCCUGGUCGGGCCCAACUGCCCGGGAAUUAUUGCCCCAGAGCAGUGUCGAAUUGGCAUCAUGCCGCACAAGCAAUAUUCCAAAGGAGUCGUUGGAAUUGUUUCCAAGAGUGGCACGCUAAGUUAUGAAGCUGUCGGUUCAACGACUAAGGCUGGAUUGGGUCAGAGCCUUGUUGUUGGUAUGGGUGGAGAUAUGAUGCCAGGUACCACACUACUCGAUGGCCUGAAACUCUUUUUCGAUCACGAAGAGACCCGGGGUAUCAUCGUCAUUGGCGAAAUUGGAGGAGAGGCCGAAUUAAGGGCAUCCGAGGCAAUUAAGGAAUACAGAAGAACUACGGCAAAUCCAAAACCCAUCGUUGCAAUGGUUGCAGGUAGGACUGCACCACUAGGUCGAACCAUGGGCCACGCGGGUGCUCUGCUGUCUCCGGGAGAUGUUUCAGCAGACAAAAAGGCCAAGGCAUUGAGGGAUAGCGGUGCAGUAGUGGUUCCUCAUCCAGGUGUGAUGGGCGACGUGAUGCGUAAACUGCUACAUCUAUAGAUUAUGUGAACGG